AUGAGAUCCAGCGGGCUUUUAAGUAACGGCAUGGUCACAGAAAAGGAAAUACGUCUCUGGCAUAAAGGAUUUCUCAAAGACUGUCCGAACGGACUCCUGACGGAGCAGGGCUUCAUAAAAAUCUACAAGCAGUUCUUUCCCCAAGGAGAUCCAAGUAAAUUUGCAUCGCUGGUUUUUCGUGUAUUCGACGAAAAUAAUGACGGUUCCAUCGAGUUCGAAGAGUUUAUACGAGCGUUAUCAGUGACGUCACGAGGCAAUCUAGACGAAAAGUUACACUGGGCUUUUCGUCUCUACGACGUGGACAACGACGGCUAUAUAACACGGGACGAAAUGUAUAACAUAGUGGACGCAAUCUACCAGAUGGUGGGGCAAACGCCACAGCCGGAGGAUGAGAACACUCCACAAAAGCGCGUCGAUAAAAUCUUCGAUCAAAUGGAUAAGAAUCAUGACGAUCGUCUCACUCUGGAAGAGUUUCGCGAGGGGAGUAAGGCAGAUCCUCGCAUUGUUCAGGCAUUGUCUCUUGGGGGCGAUUAA